AUGGCAGACUCGAGCAGCCAGCUCAACUUUCCACUCCUCAAGCUCGUGUCGGACGCUCGCUCGACCUAUGGCCUGAGGCACCGCGACUUUGACCGCUACAGGUCGCACUGUGUCGCCAAGGUCCACCACCUCCGCAAGUCGCUCGGGCUCGGCCAGACGCAGGGCAAGAGCCGCAAGUACCAGAGCAAGCCCGUCCAGGCCGACAAGGUCACCUCGGACAAGCACCUCCAGAUCGUCCUGUUCAACGCCGAGCGCUGCUGGGCCCACUCGCAGCAGCUCAAGAGCACCCUCGACGACCCGGCGACCCCGCCCGCGACCAAGCACCUGUUCGCCAAGCGCCUCACCAAGGCGUCGUCGCACGCCGCCGAGCUGCUCGCCCUCGUUCAGUCGCCCGACCUCGCCUCGCGUCUCUCGGCCUCCCACGUCGCCCAGGUGCAGGCCUAUGCCCUCGUCCAGCGCGGCACGGUCGCGUUCGAGCGCAACAAGCACGCCGACGGCCUCGCCGCCCACAGCGCCGCGUUCGAGGUCCUCGGCCGCCUCGCCGAGACGGCACCGAGCGCGACCGACGAGGCGCUCGCCAACGAGGUCAUGGACGAGGUCGAGCCCAUGUUGCGCUUCUGCGCGUACCGCCUCGGGCUCGACACGGCGAGCGGCGUUGCGUCGAUCGCCAAGGACGUCGCCGGGCGCGACAUGGGCGCGCUCGUGCCCGAGUGGGACGCCCUGAGCGCCAAGCUCGGCGACGAGGGGCAGCAGGGCGAGCGCGAGAGCGUCGAGAUCCGCUGGCGGGGCGAGGUUGUGCCCGUGCGCAACGCCGAGCUCGUCGGCCCGGCGCUCAAGGUCCAGGAGGCGCUCGCGAGCCUGCGCGAGGACGAGAAGCGCAGCGGCGCAAAGGGUGGCGAGGGCGCGCAGGGCAAGCGCAAGGCGGAUGGGCAGGGCCAGGGCGGCAAGAAGGACAUUCUCGGCGCGCGCCGCAUGGGCACGUACGACACGGCGCUCCUCGUCCUGAGCGACGCCGAGGCCGUCGCCCGCCAACUCGUCGAGGACAACCAGAUCGCCGCCACCAAGGGCAACACGGCCCGGUCCGAGGCGUCGGCUCGCCCUCUCUCGCUCUUCCACUCGUACAUUCAGUACCACCUGCUCACGGUCCGCCUCAAGCGCGACCUCCUCCUCAUCGCGUCGGCCGCCUCGAAGCUCGCGUCGCGCGAGGCCAAGAUCCACGCGACCGAGGCGGCCUUCGUCGCCCAGACGGGCUCGCGCGACCCGCUCGUCGCCGAGGGCAAGGUGCGCCGGCUGCGCGCAAAGGCGUACCCGGGCCUCGUCAAGGUGUUCGACACGGCGCUCCUCAGCCUCGAGACGCUGAGGGACCUCGAGGCCGUCGAGCGCGACGACGAGUUGUCGACGACGGUCGAGGCGAGGAUUGCGCUCGUGCGCGCGCAGAGGUGCCAGUACCUCGCCCUCUCCUAUGCCCUCGUCCCCUCCCUCUCGUACUCGACAUCCUCGUCCUCUUCGACCGCCGCCGCCGCCUCGUCGCAGCAGCAGAAGCGCCUCACGACCUCGUACGGCUCGGCCCUCUCGCUCCUCUCGCGCGCCAAGCUCUACGUGCGCGAGGCUCGUCACGCCGCCUCGGCGCUCGAGUCGCUCGGCAACGACGGCGACGACGACGCAGGCGACGAGGCCGACCUCGUCGCGCCCGUUCUCGCGCUCGACGACGGCGCGUUCACGGCGCUCGAGCGCGCCCUCGAGGGCGACAAGCGCCGCCUCGCGCGCGAGUGGUUCGACGCGGCGGGUGGGCGCGUGCCCGGCGCCGACGGCGGCGACGGCGACGAGGACGAGGACGAGCUCGACCUCGGCGAGCUGAACCUCGCCGAGGGCGACAAGGCGCAGCAGCAGCAGCAGCAGCAGGCAAGCCGGCCCAAGGUGCCGUUCUACGACGUCGCGUUCAACUACGUGACGGCGUUCGACAUGGACGCGAUCGCGGCGCGGGCUGGGCUCGCAGGUGCGGGUGCGAGCGAGACGGCGGCUGCAGCGCCUGCUCAAGCUGCGUCGGCGCAGCAGGAGAGCGACGAUGACGAGGAGGGGGAGGUCGAGCAGCAGCAGGAGAAGCCGGCCAAGCGAGGGUGGGGCUUUGGCUUGUUCGGCCGGGGCUGAGCGGGUCGUCGUGGUCGUCGAGGAGGAGGAGGAGGAGGUCCGUGCAACGACGAGCUCUUUCGCUCU